GAGAGAAACCGGGAGGAAGCUCUGUGCCUGGAGGAAACUCGCCGCCAUCUCAGGUCUUUUGGCCUCGCCAGGGUCCACCAGAGAGAGCUGACACCCAGGUCCUAUAACCCUUAUGGAGGACCAACCUUGUACAUCCGGGAGAUCCACGCUCCCACCUGGAAACACACGGGAAACCAAGCCUCCAAAAAAGCGCUGCCUCCUAGCUCCACGGUGGGAUUAUCCGGAAGGAACCCCCAACGGAGGUAGUACUUCUCUCCCCUCCGCACCUCCUCCAGCAUCACCUGGUCUAACGUCGCACCCUCCUCCUCCGGAGAAGUAGUAGAAUAUACUUCUCUCAUCCUAAACCAGUCGUUGAAGGAUUACAGUAUGACUCAGUUUCCUUCACCUAUUUGUAAAAUAGUUCAUCCAGUGAAGACAAUGAAGAUUAUUGACAAUGCUACCCUGCUUUUUCUGUUGUCCUGUGCUGGGAAGUUGUGAUUGUUAAGAGACAUCGAGUCCUGCCAUCGACAAAAAAGAAGAGGCCUUGAGAGACCAGGAUCAAGCUUAUACUUCUUUAUUUGGAUGGUAAUCAAGAAAACAGUCUUGUGAUAUAAUCGGCACAGUUCCAUCUCUUGAUUUGGAUGAAUUCUGGGACAUGAUCAAGAUCAGGCUGUAGUCCUCUAAGAUUGAAGGCUAUGGCCUGGAUCAUGGUGAACUCACUAAAGGAAAUAACACCUGUAAGAUGGUCCUGCAGCAACCAAUCAAUGUUCUCUUUUGUUCACAUCCAGUCCUUACUGUAUAACUUUAAAUUCCUAUAAAUCCAUUAAGAGCCCAAUAAAUUUUGUCUCUCAUU